AUGGAGGCCAUCUGGCCGGCCCUGAGGGAGUCCCCCGGGCCACCCGGAGCUGCUCGACCCAAACAGACUGGGAAAACUGCCUACUGGGCCUUCUCAGCAAGAUUCCGCACGGUGCCUUCCCCGUCCAGGUCAGGUCCUCUGGACGUCAACUCGUGCAGCAGCGAGAGCUCCAGCAGAAAGCAGAAGAUCCAUAGCUCCGACCCCGCAAAGGUCACAGACCAACUUUUAAUUCAUGGAAUCGUGUCAUUUUUUAUUGCAAAUCUCAAUACGUUUUUGCGUCUGUUAACAAAAAGAAAAACGCAUCAGUGUAUCUCUCCUGAAUGUCGGACCCUCCCGGCUGUUCCGUCCUGUUUUCAGGUGGCCCGGGUCCCCGUGGAGGCGUGUGAGCAGUACGCCACCUGUGCCGAGUGCCUGAGCUCCGGCGACCCCCACUGCGGCUGGUGUGUCCUGCACAACACGUGCUCCAGGAGGGACCGGUGUCCGAGGGCAGAGGAGGCCUUCCGUUUCGCCACCGACAUCGACCGCUGCGUGAAGGUCAUCGCUCACCCGGACAGCAUCGCCGUGUCAGCGCACGGCGUCCCCCUCCUGCUGGAGGUGAACAACGUUCCGGACCUCUCCGCUGGAAUCACCUGCUCUUUUGGGCGGCAGGCCCGAGUGGACGGUCACGUCAACGGGAACAGGGUCAUGUGCCUGUCGCCGGCUGGGAAGGAGGUCCCCCGGAUACCGGAAGGACAAGACUGGGCCGGCGUAGAGCUUCGUCUGAGCUCAAAGGAGACGGGUCAGAUGGUCGCCAGCACAGAGGUGAAGUUUUUCAACUGCAGCACCCAUCAGACGUGUCUGUCCUGUGUAAACAGCACUUUUCGCUGCCACUGGUGUAAAUACCGUAACCUGUGCACCCACGACCCCAGCAGCUGUUCUUUCCAGGAGGGCAGAGUCAACGCCUCAGAGGACUGCCCUCAGCUCCUUCACUCCGGGGAAAUCCUCCUCCCGGCCGGCGAGGUCCGACCCAUCACGCUCAGGGCCCGGAACCUCCCGCAGCCGCAGUCGGGCCAGCGGGGCUACGAGUGCGUGGUGCACGUGCAGGGCGCCGUCCACCGCGUCACGGCGCUGCGCUUCAACAGCACCAGCGUGCAGUGCCAGAACAGCUCGUACUUGUACGAGGGUGGGAAGAUCAGUGACCUGGCAGUGGACCUCUCCAUCGUAUGGAACGGCAAUUUCAUCAUCGACAAUCCCGAGAAGAUUAAAGUGCACCUCUACAAGUGCAGCGCCCAGCGGGACAGCUGUGGCAUGUGUCUGCGGGCGGAGAGGAAGUUCCAGUGCGGCUGGUGCGGCGGCGAGGGCCGAUGCACCAUGAGGCAGCACUGUCCUCCCGUCUCCCCCUACGCCAGCCGCUGGCUGGACCUGUCCAGCAGGAACGCCAAGUGCACCAACCCGCGGAUCACCGAGGUGAGUCCGGUGGCGGGGCCUCAGGAGGGGGGCACGCUGGUCACCAUCCAGGGCCUCAACCUGGGUCUGUCCUUCUCUGAGCUGGAGGGCAACGUGGAGGUGGCGGGUGUGCAGUGCGUCCCUCAGGAGGAAGGAUACAUCACUGCAGAACAGAUCGUGUGCGAAAUGGCAGCGGCUCCUGAAGGAAGCGCCCCGGGUCCCGUCAAGCUGUGUGUUGGCGAGUGCCGACCAGAACUCCGGGCCCAGUCCUCGCAGCUCUUCUCCUUUGUGACCCCUUCGAUGCUGGCGCUGACCCCCGGCAGAGGCCCCGAAUCUGGGGGCACCAAGGUCACCAUCGUCGGGGAGAACCUGGGCGCCGGCAGCGCCGUCAACGUCUACUUUGGUAAUCAGACCUGCGAGCUGUACAGGAGGGCCGCGGCGGAGAUCGUGUGCUUCUCCGCGCCGUCCGUGACGGGGGCCGGGCCGGUGGGGGUCGGGCUGAGCGUCGACCGGGCCAAGGUUCCCGGGAGUCUGGCUUUCGAGUACAUAGAAGAUCCCACGGUGCAGCGCAUUGAGCCCCUGUGGAGCAUCACCAGCGGACACACCACGCUGACGGUGACCGGCACCAACCUGGACGCGGUGCAGGAGCCGCGCAUCAGGGUCAAAUACGCCGGCCACGAAUCCGUCAACGUGUGCAAGGUGCUCAACACGACCACCAUCAGCUGCCUCGCCCCCCCCCUGAAGGCCGAGCCCGCGGGCGACCAGGACGCCGUCAAACACGCCGACGAGUUCGGCUUCGUCUUCAACAACGUCCAAGCGCUGCUCACCUACAACACCACCAGCUUCGUGUACUACCCCGACCCGUACCUGGAACCCGUCAGCCUCUCCGGGGUCCUGGAGCAGAAACCCGGGGCUCCGAUCAUACUCAAAGGACGUAACCUCGUGCCCUCGGCCUCCGGCGGAGCCCGGCUCAACUACACGGUGCUGAUCGGGGAGACGCCCUGCGCCCUCACCGUGUCCGACACUCAGCUCCUCUGCGAGCCGCCCAACCUCACCGGGCAGCACAAAGUACUGGUGCAAGUAGGAGGACUCCACAUCUCUCCCGGAGAGGUCCACAUCCGGUCCGACAGCCUGCUCACCCUCCCGGCCAUCUUAAGCAUCGCGGCCGGCGGAGGGCUGCUCCUCGUCGUCGUCGUCCUGGUGCUGCUGGCCUACAGGCGGAAGUCGCACGAGAACGACCUCACUCUGAAGCGCCUGCAGAUGCAGAUGGACAAUCUGGAGUCCCGGGUAGCUCUGGAGUGCAAGGAGGCCUUUGCGGAGCUGCAGACGGACAUCAACGAGUUGACGAGCGACCUGGACCGAGCCGGCAUCCCGUACCUGGACUACCGCACUUACGCCAUGCGGGUGCUCUUCCCCGGCAUGGACGAUCACCCCGUGCUCAGAGAGCUGGAGGUGCCGGGGAGCGGGCAGGCGAAUGUGGAGAAAGCCUUGAAGCAGUUCGCUCAGCUGCUGAACAACAAGGUCUUCCUGCUGACGUUCAUCCGCACGCUGGAGCUGCAGCGCUCCUUCUCCAUGCGCGACCGCGGCUACGUGGCCUCGCUCAUCAUGACGGCUCUGCAGGGGCGGCUGGAGUACGCCACGGACAUCCUCAAACACCUGCUCUCCGACCUCAUAGCGCGCAACCUGGAGAGCAAGAACCACCCCAAGCUACUGCUCCGCAGAACGGAGUCGGUGGCGGAGAAGAUGCUGACAAAUUGGUUCGCCUUCUUGCUGCACAAAUUUCUCAAGGAGUGUGCUGGCGAGCCCCUCUUCAUGCUGUUCUGUGCCAUCAAACAGCAAAUGGAGAAGGGACCCAUAGACUCCAUUACCGGGGAGGCGCGCUACUCCCUCAGCGAGGACAAGCUCAUCCGACAGCAGAUCGAGUACAAGACGCUGACGCUGAGCUGCGUGAACCCGGACAACGAGAACAGCCCAGAGAUCCCCGUCAAGGUGCUCAACUGCGACACCAUCACCCAGGUGAAGGAGAAGAUCCUGGACGCCGUGUACAAGAACAUGCCCUGCUCACAGCGGCCACGCGCCGCAGACAUGGACCUCGAGUGGCGGCAGGGCAGGACGGCCCGCGUGGUCCUGCAGGACGAGGACAUCACCACCAAGAUAGAGGGCGACUGGAAGAGGCUCAACACGCUCGUGCACUACCAGGUGUCGGAGCGCAGCGUCGUGGCCUUGGUGCCCAAACAGAUGUCCUCCUUCAACAUCCCCUGCUCUGCCAGCUUCCCCCGCAGCAUCAGCAGAUACGGCGUGGACGUUUCCUUCCGCUCCACGCCCACCAGCCCGGACAGCCCCCACUCCCGCGUGCCCAUGCUGACCCCGGACAUGGAGAGCGGGGUCAAAGUCUGGCACUUGGUCAAGAACCACGACCACGGGGACCAGAAGGAGGGCGAGCGCGGCAGCAAGAUGGUGUCCGAGAUCUACCUGACCAGGCUGCUGGCCACCAAGGGAACGCUGCAGAAGUUUGUGGACGACCUGUUCGAGACGCUGUUCAGCACCGUGUGCCGCGGCACCGCCCUGCCGCUGGCCAUCAAGUACAUGUUUGACUUCCUGGACGAGCAGGCCGACCGCCACGGCAUCCACGACACCGACGUCCGUCACACCUGGAAGAGCAACUGCCUGCCCCUGCGCUUCUGGGUGAACGUGAUCAAGAAUCCGCAGUUUGUGUUCGACAUCCACAAGAGCAGCAUCACAGACGCCUGUCUGUCCGUGGUGGCUCAGACCUUCAUGGACUCCUGCUCGACGUCGGAGCACCGCCUGGGCAAAGACUCGCCCUCCACCAAGCUGCUGUAUGCCAAGGACAUCCCGCAUUACAAGAGCUGGGUGGAAAGGUACUACGCUGACAUCAACCGCCUGCCUGCCAUCAGCGAUCAGGACAUGAAUGCCUAUCUGGCUGAACAGGCCCGCCUUCACUCCAGUGAGUUCAACAUGCUCAGUGCCCUCCACGAGAUCUACGCCUACGUCAGCAAGUACAGCCCAGAGAUCAUCGAGGCACUGGAGCAGGAUGAACAGGCCCAGAAGCAGAAGUUGGCGUAUAAAAUGGAGCAGAUCAUCUCAGCCAUGUCGAUAGAGAGCUGAAGCGCACAGACACUGCAUACAUACAUCACACACACACACACACACACACGCACAUACAUCACACACACACACACACACACACACACACACACACACACACACACACACAUGCACAUACAUGCACACACACACAUGCACACACGCAGCAGAUGUGCUAUGAACCCACCGGCGAUGCGCGUGGCACUCAAACAUCCACGUGAACGCACACAUUAUGCACGCACGCACACACAGACACAGACACAGACACACACACACACACACACACAGCUGUACACAGACAGCAGACUCAACGGACCUACUGUAUAAACAAACUGACAAUUCGUACUCAAAGAGAUUUGCACACAUGCAUAAACACACGCAUACUAAUGUACAUACACAAACCACACAAACCACAGCCCACGGAUCGUCUCGCAGCGCCGCCCCAACACACAGAGAGAGAGAGAGAACCAGAGAGGAUUCUGGGCCGUGGUCGGUUCGUCUUUGCAGUCGGUGGCGAGCUCAGAGCGCGUCGGCCCCAACGCCUCCGAGUGAGAUAUAAAAAAAAAAAAGAAAAGACAGGAGCCAAUUCACGGGGACGAGACGAGACUUUUUAUAUGUCAGAGAGGAAGGAAGCGUACAUAUCAGAGCGGAGGAGCCUAAAAAGACUUUUAUCCUCCCCUACAAGGCUGUUCUUUGUUUAAUGGCGUUUCUCUGAACUCCAUCGCUCCACGCGAUUGAAUAAACGUUCAGAAUUAAAACUUGCAGAGAUUUAUUUCCAGAAACCAAACCCGGCUUUUUGUGCCAAAUUUAAUGUACCACGUUCAUUCAAUAGUAGACGCUCCUGCAGAGGCCAUUAAUAAUGUGUGCCAUUGUACGGAAAAGAUUCCCAUUUAAGAUAGGACAUUUUGUACAGUGAUGAUCUAUAGAGUGCCCAAUUCAGACAUUCAAAAAGAUAAGUGGAGACCAAAUGGAAGCAGAAAGCCUGAUUAAUGGCGCUAUAAGUGUGACCGUGGAUCAGAUUAGGCAGAUUUACCCCCCCCUCCCCAACCCCCCCCAGCCCCCUCUCAUCGGUCAUUGUUGUCAUCUGGCGCCAUACUUGAAAUGCACGAGAUGUUAAGAACACCUGCUGCUGCAGCGAGGUUUAAGACGGACGGAGGCUGUGACGCCUCGGUGACGGCGUGCAGGCCGGAGGUCGGUGCUCCUGAUGUUUGGUCCACAGAGCAGAUGAUGAUGAUGAUGAUGAUUAAUCGCCGCUCUGCCUCCGGACCGUUUCCAUCGUUCAGCGUACAAGUCACACGUUUUGCAUUCAAAAUGUACAUUUUUGCUGCUGUGUUUAAAGAGUGCCAUGUUCUACACUUUCAGAUGAUCAUCACGGGGGGGGGGGGAAUUCAGAUUCAGGGUUUUUAAGUGUCGAUCGUUGUUGUGUUUUUUCGAGUCUCAAAGACGACGCUCCAGUAUCAGUGGGGUUAAUGUUCUUCCCACGGGACCUUUAUUCAUGCUAAGCUAGAAUAGCAAGAUAUAAAUAAUAAAUACAUUUCCUGUUAAAUGUUGAAAUAUGACAGAGAACUCGUCUGUUUCCGUGUGUGGUUUGAUAAUUUAUAAAUGUGUUGUGCAAUAAACUGUCAGACAUUUAAGCUGUAAUGUUUUUUAAACUAUAUAUUAUUGUAUAAAUAUUGUACAUAAAAAACAUUCCUAUUUUGCAAGCAAAAGAUUCACUUUGUACUGUUGUUAUACAUUAAAUGCGCAGCUGAUGAAAAUUAAA